AUGUACACUGAUGUACACUAUAGUGCAGAACGAACAGAGGGCCCAGAGAGCAGAUUUAUCUACACGUACAAGACACACGUCAAAGACAAAACAGAAGCAGGAAACAGAGGGAAGGGCAUUUCAAAGAUAGUGAUCCACGGGAUUACGCAGCAGACAAGAACAAAAGAAGUGUACGAUAUUUCCGAGAAGUACGACAUAUGCGAGCUAUUUAUUGAUUCAAUUGACAGCCUGUUCAGAUGCGCGCAGUGGCAGAUACACUCUAUUCAGCUGGAUAUGACAAAAGAAGCGCCCAUCUUCAACAAAGGAGCUAUUUCAACGGGCUUUCAUGCAUCGCUGUACUUCAAUGUGAACAUGGAGGGGUAUCUCCGCCCGCAGACACGAAGGGCGUGGAUCUACAACGUAAAAGAGCUUCUGCGGCUCUGUUCUAAGAAAUACAUUAUUGUGUCAUUUGGAGAGACUGUGAUGGAAGAGCAGGAAGUGCUGGAAAUAUUUGCAAAGUUUAAAAUCAAGAAAAGCGUGGCGACUAAGUUCUACACAACAAACAUAGAGAACAUGCUGAUCCAGGCAGCUACGAAGAAGUUUGCGUUCAAGGGAGUGAUCACUCCAAUGCAGGAGCAGGAGUCUUCUUUUAAAAAGAUGAUAUAUAAGGCAACAAAACCCGUUGCAAACAUAAAAUAA